GCAAUUAAAGGAAAAAUGAGAAUCUCUAACAUUUUUAUGAUUCUAUCUUUGUUCAUUCUUCUGGUGUCUAUUGAAAACAUUGUGCGAGUAUACGGUGAAGAUCCUACUUAUGGUUUCACCUCUGUCCCAUUGACUGAUGCAAAUUUUGAGGUGCAGAAGCCAUACAACAUACCAGUUGAACAAAGGUAUAGCUUCAUUGAUGGAGUUCAUAGAUUUUGGGUUUAUGCUCACGACAAGCCUUAUUCUCCUAGUAGCCCAACUCAGCCACGCACAGAGAUUCGCAUAAAGGGGCUUGACUACCACUCUGGUGUUUGGCAAUUUGAAGGUUAUGGCUAUGUGCCAAAGGGAACAUCAGGUGCUACAAUAGCACAGAUUCAUGGUGCAGCACAUGGUGCAACCACACUGUUACUAAGAAUAUACAGUGGAGAUAUGAGGUAUUAUGCUACAGACUUAGUGGCUAAGAAUCUUUAUGAUAAAUGGUUCAGACUUAAUAUUAUACAUGAUGUGGAUGGAGGAAUAGUGACAGUGUUCAUUGAUGGAGAGAACAAGUUUCAAACAAAGGAUCAAGGGCCAGGUGAUUUGUACUUCAAGUGUGGGGUUUAUGCUGCACCUGCUCAUAUUAGUAACUACAUGGAAUCAAGGUGGAGAGAUAUCAAAAUAUAUAAGAAAUCGUAACCUUUUACUUUUUCGUAUAUACUUUAUUUUAUUUGUAUAAUAUAUAAGUUUGUACAAAUUUAAGAUGGUUUGCUAUGAUAUAUUAAAAUUUUCUUGUUGUGUUA